ACAGCGAUUCGACAUUAUUUACUGGUCUAGAAAUUAGAUUUCAUCCUCAAAGUAUUUUUCCCUCCACAAAAUGUUGUAUUUAUUAUCAGUCUUGCAAGUGUCAUAGACAUUUUAGGUAUUUACAUUUUAGCUACUGAUAUGUGUACAAAUUCAGAUAAUUCAUGCAACAAUUCUACACAAACAUAUUUUGUAGGGGCAAUGUACUUUUCUCUUGAGCUCAUUUAUCUUAACAUCAGUCAAUAAAUGCUUGUUCAGAUUAUUCAAACAAAAUUUUAUAUUGUAUAAUAAAAUAGAUUAAGCUAACCAGUUGCAUACAACGAGAGUAAAACGUACAGUAUGUUGUCUUUAACAUAUACACAUGUACACAAUCCAUCACUAAAUCUGUAAUAUAUGUGCAAUAUUCUGCAUCAUGAGUACUUUUACAUUGGGUACUUUUUUGUAUAUUUUCAUGCCAAUACAUUAAGUAGAAUUGUGAAUGAAAUAAUUAUAUUUCAAUGAGUGUUUUACACUGCACUAUUUCAACUUAAGUGAAAUAUCUUUCUAAGUGAAUAAUUCUGCCUGUUCUCCUUGUUCUGAGAGGGGCAUCUAUCCGCUUUUGUUGUGAAAGGGACGUGACACCGGAAGCGGAUGUGCAGUACGGAACUAGUUUAGUGACGCACAGUACGCCAUGUAGGACACUUAUGUGAGCGUAUCGUUUACAAGGAAGAAAGGUGGUAGUCAUGUCCCAUGUACAACUGACUCUCUAAAGUUACUAUUUACGCAAACAAAUGAAUGCGCCUCGAACGGGCGCAUACGGCGAGUUGAACUUAGCGUCCGACCGCGAGAACAUGGAGGUGAGGUUCGGCAGCGAAGUGGCGUCGGUUGUGGAAGUUGCCAUCCAGGCGACCGUGUCCGUGUUCAGGGCUUUCUGGGCGAAAGAAGCGCCAAACGUGGCGUGGGAAGAGGCGACGUUCGGCGACAUGCGGGAGAUAGAAAAGUGCCUGGUGGCUCAGAUCCACAAAGUGUUCGCGCAGCUGUUCGAGGAGAACGAGGCUCUGCGGGCCAAGGUGGAGCAGCUGGAGGACGUGCUGCAGAGGAAAGCCGGGCAGCUGGAGCAGGAGCUGGAGGCCAGAGUGGGCCAGCUCGGCCGCGAGAUGGAGCAGCUCGAGAAGGAGCUGAAGAGCAUCGGGGACGGUGGCAACAAGACGCAGGAUGGCCCGACACAUGUCGUGGUCCAAGACUGUUCGCUGAUAGGAGCGCCGCUGUUGUCCGCCCCCACUUGUCCUGCCACCCCUCUGGACAGUGCGAAGGAAUCCACAUCGAGCCUUGAAGCUGCCCCCAACUGCACAGCUGGAUCAGUGACUGUCCCCAAACCAGGGACGGCCCCGGCGGAGCCGCUGGUGGGUGACGGCCAAGUCGAUGCGCGGCACCCCGUCCCUGACUCGACGCCUCUGGGCUCUAGCGGCGGUGACUCGGCACAGUCACAGAAAUCUGUAGAAGAGGCACCUUCAGGGAGACCGAGGAGGACCAGGAGAACAACUUUUAAAAUUGAUGAUGUUUCCACUGACAUCGCCAAAGACAAACCAGUUCCGACAGGUGGCGUGCAAGGAAGGAGGCCGGCCAAAAAGGACUCUCAGGCAGCGAAGCGAUUCUCCUGCGAGCACUGCAACGUCACCUUUCACUGGAAGGGCGAUCUGAAGAAACACAUGAAGGUCCACAAGAAGCCUUUCCCUUGUGAGAAAUGCGGUCGAAGUUUUCUGGAAAAGAAAUCCCUGGAAAACCACCUCCCGCGCCACGAGGCGAGCAAAGCGCCGCUUCCCUUCCCGUGUUCCCAGUGCAAGAGGUCUUUCCGGAAGGAGCAGUCGCUUCAGAACCACCUCAAGCGCCACCAGCGGGCCAAGCCGCCAAAGCCGUUCGCCUGCGACCAGUGCGGCAAGACAUUCCGGAUCGAGCGCUCCCUGGAAAACCACCUUCUACGCCACGAGAAAUGGAAGCAGAUGUUCCAGUGCCAGCUCUGCGACAAGACCUGCAGGACGUCCGUCCAGCUGAGGUGCCACAUGGCCGUGCACUCGGAGGAGCGGCCGUUCAGCUGCGCCACGUGCGGCAAGGAGUUCAAGAGCAAGGACACGCUGCGCUUCCACCAGAUCGUCCACUCCCAAUCCAAGAAGUACAAGUGCAGCAUGUGCGAAGAGACGUUCAAGUACGCCCACUCCCUGACCGUGCACAAGAGGAAGCACACGGGCAUCACGCCGUUCACGUGCUCCGUGUGCAACCGCUCUUACAGGACCGGCACGGCUCUGAAGAGGCACAGCGUGGUGCACACAGGGGAGAAACCGUUCACCUGUCACAUCUGCGGCGCCCGGUUCAGCCUGAACAACAACCUCAAGCGCCACCUGCGCAUUCACACGGGGGAGAAGCCCUUCGCUUGCCAGGAGUGCGGCAAGAGCUUCUCGGACAACACCAAGCUGAAGUCCCACAUGCUCAUCCACGGCGCCAGGAAGCCGUUCAUGUGCGACCUGUGCGGGAAGACUUUCCUCUUCAACUGCCGGCUGCUGAUCCACCAAAAGUAUGUACACGCGGACCGGAACGACGAGGGGGCGGACGGCACGCAGCGCCUCUUUCAGACCAGGAAGAGGAACAAGUCGCUGGUGAAGCCGUUCAGCUGCAAGAUAUGCCUGAGGGGCUUCAGCGCCGCAUGCUCCCUCAAGCUCCACGAGAGGGGCCACAGCGAGCACAAGGAGUUCAACUGUGGCAUCUGCGGGAAGUCGUUCCACAACAAGUAUUCGUUUGGCUACCACCAGCGCAGCCACGCAGGGGAGAAGCCCUUUGUGUGCGACGUGUGCGGCAAGAGGUUCUUCCACGCCGGCAGCCUGAAGCAGCACGAACGCAUCCACACGGGAGAGAAGCCGUACAAGUGCGACCAGUGCGGCAAAGCCUUCCGAACGGAUGGGAACUUCUACAGGCACCUGCGCAUCCACACAGGCGAGAAGCAGUUUGAGUGCUUGUACUGCCAGAGGAAGUUCCACCAGUCAAACCAGCUCAAGUCCCACAUGCAGAUCCACACGGGGGAGAAGCUGUACUCGUGCCAGCAGUGCUCCCGGGGUUUCUCGGACUCGAGGCAGCUAAAGAAGCACAGCUGUGACGGGCCGUAGGCGGCGGCUUGUUGCAUUAAGCCAAAAGACUUGCUUGUGUGGCUCUAUUGCUUUUAGUUUAAUCUUUAAUCUGUUGUUGAGAGCUGGUACAAUUCACAAAAUGAACAUGUUAUUUAUUGGCCGAAGGUGUGUAUUCUCUUACCUGCGAUAGCUUCACAGGGGCAAAGAGAUGUUAGUUUAUGCUCAUUAAAAAUCGUUUUCUUUGGGGCGGUUGGUCACUUUGAGGCUAUGGUAACUGUUAUUUUUCAUUAAUCUUGCAACCGACUAAUGUGUAGUAACUAAUAAGUAAUUGAUAGUUAAAGUAACUGUAGUGCUACCCUCAUUUGGUGGAUGGACAAUUUAUGUUAGCAGCAUUGUUACAUUGGUUCUUUUCUCUAUUUCAUUAUAAUAAGCCUAACAUUAACCAUAACAACGUGAAACAAAUUUUGAGGUGAGAUGAUAUAAAUGUUUCAUAUGACGGCUGAAACUUUUUUCCAGCUGAAGGAGUAUUUAAGUAAAGUUUAAGCAAAUUUUGAAUUGUCUUUAUUCAUUUGUUCUGUUUGUUUGUAAUAUUCAAUGAAUGGCCAUUAAGAUGUAAUUAUGUUCAAAGGAAAGGAUGAAAUUGUAAAGUUCCGAGUAUAAUGGCAUUCUACUUU